AUGCUGAACCUAUCGUUAGUAUUCCUCCGCUAUUCACACUCGAAGAUGUUGUCGCACUGCGUCGAGAUACGUCCGAAUUUCCAAAUCACCUUGUUCUGGAUGCCGUUGAAUCCAGAUUUUAUUGUAGAUUUCGAGAUCCUUGCUGACGUAGCGAAAUGGCUUCUGGACCUUGUCCAGAAAAGUUCCAUCUCAUCAGAUGCGCACCAUCACUCGGAGUGUGUAGUUAGUCAUAGCCGCUUAGUGGCCUCAGCAUUCGUUUGUCUCAAUCACAUUCUCAUUGUGCAAAAAUAUCCGGAAGCAGCGCAAUUUUCGCUCAGUAUACCUGACUGGUCAUCACAUUAUCGCUUGUCAAGUGAUAGUGCACUCGAUUUGCACCGGCAGAUCGGAGCCUACACUAAACCUUUCCUAGCGAGACAUGGAGUGACUGCGUUAAGUCUAGAGCACCCCCAAGGAUGGCUUCAGCUAGCAAAUUUGGUCGUGCGUGACGAUGACAUAGACUUUCUUGAAGCACUCCGGCUGCAGGGAAAACAGCGCACCCAAUUAUGGGACGAUAGAAUCAUACCACGUCAACGACAGUAUCGUCAUGCCGAGGAAGAGGUGGCCCGGUUACUCGAAGAGAAAAUGAUGCACGAGGCGAAUAUAGCUAAAUUGGACACAAAGCUCUUAAGUUUGAAGGAAGAAUUGAGCUCUGUUGAAAGGCAACAUAAUGUUCAAAAAUAUUUUUAUAAGGGCAAGAAAGAGGCGCUAAAAACCGCACAAAAAGAAAAGAAAGAGGCACUGGACAGCGCGAAUGACCUGGAAGCAGACAUCAAAACAAAAGAGCGACAUUUAGAUAAAUUGGAGGAGGAGCAGUCGGCUUCGGCAGACAGCUUCGAGAAAAAGUUGCGUUAUCGUAAGAUUUUCACCGAGACGCUAGAGCAGACCAUGCGUGAGGAACAGGAGCGCAAGCUCCGAAUGGAAGAUGUACAAAGCAAGCUUAAAAUUUUGGUGCAGCGGGUAGAAGCAUUAGAAACUGGUAUACAUACUGUGCAGCUCGGCUCGACCUCAAACCUUUAUAAAUUUGAAGGGAAAUACUGGACACGUUCUCGUCUACAGAACGCGGUGGUUGAGGAGGAUACGAAGAAAGGAAAGUUGGAAACCGCACUUCAGGAACUUGGAGCUUCGAAACCUGGCGACAGUCUAGACAUUGCUGGUGCACUCGACGAGGCGAAAUCUGAUACCACUGAGUUGAAUGAUUUGUAUGAGGAGACGAAGAAGAAGUUAGAUUCCACCAUAAAAAUUGAGAAAGAGUGUACAGCCGAAUUGAAGGAACAACAUAAAAAUGCUGCGCUGGAGGCCGAAUCGCGCAAGGAGGCAUGGUUAUCUGCUAGAAUGACGCUGGAAACGACUGGCGACGGAUCUGAAUUUGAUGCGGAGAUUCGGGGCUUGUCAAAAGAGGUGCAAGAGAUAGAGGAACGGGUAAGCCAAAAACAGAAAACUAUAAAAUCACUGGAAAAGGAAAGCGGUGAUCAGCGUAACAUUAUGACGAAAAUGAACCGCCCUUUCUACCCGAAUGAUACGGAUCUACCUUACAACACAACGCAAGCCCGCAAACAUUGGUUCUUUCAAAAAAAAAUAUCACCAGAACUGGACAGCUUCGCAUUAUCUCUUUACAACUUGCCCUGCUAUACUAAAAUCCCUAUCUCUGAGGGAAGUGUAAUCUCAAGCCCGUUCAAGACGAUGAUGAGUUAUCGCAGAAGGUAUUCAGUGAUUCCGGUGAACGUUAUGGAUAUGGAUAUUAAUGACUGGACCAAGGACGGUCUAAACUAUUUGGACCUGCAACAUGAGGGUAUCAAUAUCGUUUGGAAAUUCGAUGAUAAUGUCUGGGAAUUCAAGCUCAACUUGGUCGAUGGUGCUCUUUUCAUACCUGACAUCAAGUCGGAUUCGAAAUGGGCUUUGACGACUGUCGGUAUUUCUGCUAGUAGUGAUGACACGCGACCUAAUGAAUGGGUGGCACACACAAAACAACUUCCCGAGGCGGACGCUGAGGCCUUUGGUCGUGUUCUGGCAUUUCCACGCCAGUCAUGGAUGGAGCUAGUUGCGUUUAUACGCAACCAAGAUUUGCAACUGAGUACCGAUUUUUCAUCUCGGAUUCGAAUCGAGAACGACAUUUCAGUGGUGAUGGAUUUGGUGAGACGCGUUGGCCCACUAGAUUCAGACACGGGUGACUAUAUUUGGGCGAGUGGAGUGAAGUGCGACAGUGCAAUCUGGGGAAUCUUCCGUUCGAUCAUUGACAAUAAUGCCAACAAUCCACACAAUGUUGUAAUACUAUGGCUCACAGCCGAGGCUUUAAACCGUCUCGUGCAGUUAAAACUCGAUGAGGCUCUCCCGGUGCUGCAUCAUUGUGCCAAGCAAUGCUCUCAACUCCCUCGUGACAGCUUCAUAGUUAGUGCGGUGUGUACAGUUGUGGCUGCAUACUCCUUCGAGCGUGCCCAAGAACCUGACGAUCGUCGCAAAGCCUCUGAGUAUCUAUUAGCGGCGCGAAUCGCUGCUUAUGGCUGCCGUCCUUCAGAACAUGCUUUCCUCAAUGAGGCUCCAGAAUUGAUGAAAUCAACCUUGGGAAGAACGUUGGAACGUAUUUGUGUGAACUGGAUAGCAAACCUAGAUAAGGAUAGUCACAUUGUUGAUUGUGUUCUGAAUAGUUUUUGGAACAGUGAUGCGACCCGAGAUUGGGCGAAUUCCGGCAGUAGCCUAUUCGUAUGUCCCCACCCUUCCUACGAACUCGAUGUGCUCACGGGCGAACUUCGUAUCGACAUGAAGCACGCUGGGCCACUACCACGAUCGCUAUUAGCACAGGACAGCUGGAAGCAGAUAUUUGGUGAGGUGGUAUUUCCGGACAUGGUAAAGAGUGCGGACGUGUAUACUAGUUUACCGGAUGCACCUUUUCCACAUUACACAAUACGCACAGACGAGAGGGGUCAAUUUUUAGGCGUACGUACAGAGUAUGAAAAUGAAGUUACAUUAACUACCGGGGUAUCAAAGUUGUCUUGCGUGAUCAAUACGAUGCCACGCAAAAUGUACACGCGGACUCCAUGGUAUGACGAGGACCGCAAUCGAGUGUUGUUUAUGGAUACUACAGGAACGGUACUAGAAGUCGCGGAGGCAGAUGUAAAUUUGGAUGGUAGAUACAACAUUGUACACGUUGAAGACGAUCGAGUUAACAAGAAAAAUUCUUGGGCGGCGGAAGGAUUUGCAUCCGAAAUUCGUCCAACACAGAAACGUUUAUUGCAUGCGCGCGACGAGCUCCAGAAGUGGACAGAUGUGCUCGCACGUGUAGAAAAUCAGGAACAUAUUGAGUUAAGCAGUCUGUAUGUACCUUCAAUAGAACAGCACAAACUCACGUGGAGGUUAUAUCGUUGGAGCGCUAUUGGACUCAGCUUCGAGCAAACCUUGGGUCAAAUUGCAUGGCGUAGUCUAGAGUACGAUGGUUAUGAGAUGGCACGUGAACAACACUGCCCCCAUAUCUGGGGCCAGUCUCGAAAUUAUUUACGGUUGGUGGCAACGGACCCGAAUGAAGCUGUAAGACUGCCAGAUCUCUUCUUGUUGCGCGAGCAGGACCCACAUACUUCUACGCUCACGGAAACCUCUGAGUUACAUAUAACGUAUCAUGAGUACACGAUUCACCCUACCUUAGGCGAGCUUAGGGCACGUACAAUGGAAGGUUUGUUGUAUUUGGCCGCGGAGUCUCUACGUCACCACGACGGACUACCUCUGACUGGUAGCAAUGACAUGACAGGUGAAGAGCGUGCUACCGAAUGUCUUCGCAGAGCACUGGCUGUAGAUACGAUAUCGGCCAACUCGUCAACAGAAAGGUCAUUAAGGAUGAUAGAAUCCUUAUGCUCGUCAGUACAUUCGCCCAUCUACCAGAUGUGUGCCUUGGUUCGUCACCAAGCGGCCAUUUUGGGGUCGCUAAAAGAGUCCGCGAGUGAAGAUUCAGAGCACACUUUUCGUCCACAGCCUGAAAUUGUCCCAAAAGUAGAGACAUGUAUGCGAUUAGGGCCCCGUUUACAGCUCCCUGCAAGUCUUUUGUUGCCGUCUGAUUCAAUGGAGAGUAGUUUGAAGGCGGAUGCGCGAUCCUUCCAGACCAUACAUAUUGAACCAGUGCCCUACACAACAUCCGCCGGCAAGCACGAAGCGAAGUUAAAUAGUAUGUUGACAGUACUACGCGAAGACAAUCGAUCGGAUUCCAUUGAAGAAACCGAUAGCAAACCGAAAUUCCCACUUGAGGGGCUUAAGGCUGUAACUGAUCACAUGGAAAAUCUUAUCCAGUCCACUAAAGUGAGCUGGGAGGAAUACCUGAGUUUCAUCCCCGUGAAACCAGUUGUUGAUGAAAUGAGACCUAUGAUAUGGGAGAUUCAGCGAGAGGGUCGGAUGGCUAGAGACAAACUGGUCGCGUAUAUUGACUCGGCAAUGCGGCGGAUACCUAAGGAGGAUCCACUGAACUGGAAGGUUUGUCAGAUUGUUGGCUUUAUUCCUGAAUUCUCUCGUAUCGACUACGUCAGAGCAAUUUUGGACGAGAAGCACAUAUUCAGCUUCACUCCCUACCUAUCACCUGGCUCCGUAGAACGAGUGCGCGACGCUCUGUUUGCCUGGGCGGAACUAGUUGUGCUCCUGGACAGAUGCUCUCGACUGCUUGCCCCAAAUAUUACGCUGAAUUCACUUAUCAUCGAGUUAGAAACGAAGCGGUCGUACGAUGUCCGCAAUUACCCUGAAUGGCUGGUAUUCGAGCUCGACGGGCGGUUGCAGAUCCGUAAUGAUCAACAGGCCGCUGUGGCUGAACUCGUUAAGGCCAUGGGGCCUAAUCUCUCAGAUACGAACCUAAAACCCAUGAUGCUGCAAAUGGGGAUCGGUUCGGGCAAAACGCGGGUGGUGAUGCCGUUGCUAGCGCUCCAUAUUAACAGCAAGGUGUACGCAUGCAUCGAACACCAUCCUCACAAGUUGUGCCGGGUGCUGGUGCCAGAGCCACUACUAGACGAGGCAUAUGCCGCCUUCAUCACCUCGUUAUCACUCAGUACCUUAGCACAACCUGUCAUACGAAUGCCGUUUUCGCGCCAAAGUAACAUCAAGGAGAAAGAUAUGAACAUGCUGUACCGCCACCUUUCACUGCUGCGUGUGCAUGGUGCCAUGGUUAUGAGCGCCCCAGCUCAUAUCAACUCGGCGCGGCUGAAAUCAGUGGAAGAGGUAGAUGAUCCAAAAUGGUUCAGAAUGCCACAGACUUUUGUGAACCCAAAUCUGUUUGUUGACAUUGUGGACGAGUGUGAUGAGGUGUUCCGCCCGGGGAGUGAGCUUGUCUACGCGGUAGGCAAUGUCCGCUACGAUGGAGCCGAUUGCCCAACUAGCUUAUUAAGGAUUCGUGUCAUUGAAAUCGUUUUGGAACUCGCGUGGAGCUACCAGGAGGAUAUUGGCGAAGCGGUGAUGCCAUGGUGUGAUUUUUGCAAGGAACUUCUGCAUCGAGUUUUCAAUUUGCCGACAAGAGCUGGAAACUUGGCAUGGCUUGACGAAGUGAGAGAUCGUGAUGUAGUCGUGGGGACAGAAGAGCCGAAUAUGGACGCCUAUAAGGAUUCGGAGUCGACUCAAUUGUUAAUGUUGCGUGGGUUGUUUUCAUUCGGGUUGCUGGCGAACCUAUGGGAACGUCGUUAUCGAGUGCACUAUGGCAUCGAUGAAACGAAAACGACAUACAAGAAGAAGCGUCUAGCCGUCCCUUUCCGUGCCAACGAUACACCGUCGCACAAGAGCGAGUUUGCACGGUUAGAUCUUGUAAUUGGGUUUACAAUCAUGUCGUACUACCGCAAAGGUCUGACCUUGCAUCAAGUUGGCGAAGCAUACAGGCGGCUGUUGCAGCUCAACGCAAAUCAACGUGAGGCAGAGUAUAAGUAUUGGACUGCGGACUUAGAUGAUGAUUCGUCUUGUCCCCGCAGUGUAAAGGAUAUAACCGACGCCGAUAUCGAGAAUCUAGCCGCAGUUGUGGGCCACAAACGAGCAGUGAUCCAUUUCUGGCUCAAUCAGUGCCUGUUCCCAACCGAGCUGCAAACAUACCCUCAGUCGAUAUCGACUAAUUCAUGGCAUUUGAUGUCAGGUUCGCACCGUAUUGUGGGAUUCUCAGGUACUCGAGACUUGGGUUUGUUGUCACCGCACGCCACAGUGAUGGGUUAUGUCAAAGGUCACAAAGGAGCUAAUGGUCGAAUGCUAAGUCUGACCAACAGAGUCAAGGACGAAGACGUGUACUCAGUAGGAAAAGGCACGGAAGUCAUAAGCGAUCUGAUCUCCGUAGCAAAAGAUCGGCAGGUUGAUGCCAUAAUCGAUGCUGGAGCUCUAUUCCAAGGUCACACACCAGCAGAAAUCGCUGUGCGUUUGCGUGCGGAACUGCCACCGUCUAAACAUCGGAGGGGUAUCAUUUACCACUCACCAGAGGGUUGGCGUACUUUGCCAUCCGACCAGAGUACCAUAUCACAAGACAUGGCUACAUGCACUAUCCCAGUGCAUCAAUGUUUAGUAUUGUACGACCAGGAGCACACGCGUGGGGUGGAUAUGCGACUGCGCCACGAUGCCUUUGCCCUGGUUACCGUAGGCCCAGACUUAACUCGAGAUGCGUUCAUGCAGGCCAUAGGACGCUUGCGUUUACUGGAUGGCAAUCAGCGUUUUGGGCUCGUGAUACCUCAAUAUAUUCUGGACAAAACUGACUGCAUAGCUCCAACAGGGGAAUGGACGUGCACACAGCGUCUUCUUGGCUGGUUGCUGCAGAACACUGACCAUGCGGUACAGUGUAAUGUUGUGAAUUGGGUAGAACAAGCCAUACACUUCCGUGUUACAGAUGCGGCACGUCGUCGAAACCAACCACGCAAGAACGGGUUAGUACCUAGUACCGCAGAAUUUUCCGUGGCGACGGAUGCACCAAAACUUCUCAUCGGCACAUCUGCUGCUCAGGCACGCGGGGCGAAGGACGCAUCUACAGCGGGCGUCGGUAUACCAUUUGGCGAGAGUACUCCCUUGCCAAAGGUGGCGACGGGAGUACCAAAACCAGUCGCCGGAGUAUUUAUCUCCAGAUUUGCGGGUUUCGGUAGACCUUUUGGCGAAAGUACCCCCCUGCCAAAGGUGGCGACGGAAGCACCAAAGCCAGUCUCCGGACUAUUGAAUGCAGCGGCACUCGUGACGAAGGACGCAUCUAUAGCGGGCUUCGGAGAGGUCGCCGCACCUGCUUCUCAGGCACUCACGGCGAAGGAUCUAAUCAAUGGUUCCAGUUUUGGCGGAGAUAGGCCCCAGGCAACGGCGGCGAAGGAUGGAAACACAGAUGCGUGGUAUUUAGACGACCAGGAUCAGCCAGACAAACUCUACGGGGUAAGUUGUCGUGUGGAACCCCCGGCAAAUCGCGCGAUCAAAUUGCUUGAGGCGAAUGCUCAUCAUUUCAUCGAUGAUUUGACGGGUAAAUGGCUCCAUAUAACCCUCCAAUACACUGUCAAGUUGCUGAAACCCAACGAUGACUCACUUCCUGUCAACACGGACCACGGAUUCAACACCUUUGUGCAAAGAGAAAUGCAGCAACAACAGGAACAAGAAAUCGCCAAGGAGGUAGUAAGCGCCGUAUACACACCAGCCAUCGACCCGAGUGAGAGGGAGGUGAUGCGCACUAUGGCGGUGAAUGGGUCUGUCAUAGAGUCUCGGUUGCUUUGCUCUGCAAAUUUUGAAACUAAAGCGGCUACAGGUUCGCACCCCAUCUACAAGUACGUGGGCCCUUUGUACUAUAAUGCUGACGAUAACACGUACGAGGUGCUCACCCAGCGAGAAGCCGAGUGGUACAUGGCGGGAAAUAAGCAACUUCUCCAUCUCAACGUACACAAUACUGAGCCCUUCACAGCUCUACUGUCUGUUUACAACGGUUACUUUUCUCUUGAUAACGAGGAACGGCGCCGCUUCUUGGUCACCUGCGACGAUGAGAUGGCUUUAGCGGCACUACGUAGUGUCAUCGAUAGCAGACGGCUUGCAUCGUCUAUCCCGGACUCACACUUUGGCCAAGCACUCAUCAAUGCACGCAUGAUAUAA